AUGAAGCCUGAAAGUGCACUUGUUGAGAAAGCGUCGGUAGUCAUCAUCUGCGUAGCCGGAGCGUUUCGAAAAGGAAAGAGCUUUCUUUUGAAUUUCUUUCUGGAGUACCUAUAUUGCUUACAAAAGUCGCAACAGACAGAGGCUCCAUUGGAAUGGUUGACAGAUGACUGCCAAUUACAUGGAUUUCAUUGGAGGUCAGGAGCAAAGCGGGAUACUGUAGGCAUAUGGUUAUGGGGAGAGCCAAUCAUGAUUGAGGCAGCUUCUGGAGAGAUGUACGCCGUGCUUCUGAUGGACACUCAAGGAACUUUCGACAACACAUCCACCUAUCAGCAGUGCCUUACCAUCUUCGCUCUUUCCACUAUCAUUAGCUGUGUACAGGUUUAUAAUGUCGUUGACAAUAUCCAAGAGGAUGCUUUGCAACAUCUUUCCUUGUUUGUCGAAUAUGGAAGGUUGGCGAUGACUGAAGCGCGACAAUUCGGAAAGCCGUUUCAGGCAAGAAAACUAUGCAAACUCAAUGAUGAUAAUAAUGUAUCUCGUUUAAAGAACCUCGUAUUUUGUGUACGCGAUUUCAAAAAUCCGGAGGAGUACGGGUAUGGAGAGGAAGGAGGAGCAAAGUUUCUAGAGCAAGUACUAAAGACAUCCGCUGAUCAACCCGAUGAGAUUCGCUGUGUACGUGAGCAACUAUCGGAGUGUUUUGAGCAGAUUUCCUGUUAUCUACUACCACAUCCUGGCUAUCGAGUCGCUGAGCGCCAAUCUUUUAGGGGACAUGUCAAGGACUUACGACCGGUGUUUCGAGAGGAGCUCAAGAAGAUGGUCCCAUCACUGUUGAACCCGCACGCCUUGCAGCCGAAAAUCGUUAACGGAAAGCCUGUAACCUGCAGGAAGCUGAUGCAUUAUAUCAAGGAGUACGUGGGUGCUUUCGACGGUAGCUCGAUGCCAGAAGCGCACAGCAUCCUGAAUGCCAAUGCGAAAUUAAUCUGCAUAGAAGCAGCGACUGAAGCGAAAAUUGCGUACUGUCGAGGAAUGGACAGAUCGACUGUGGGUUCUCGAAUGAUGCCUGAGAAGAGACUAUUGGAAGCGCACAUCAAGCACGGCAUCACUGCACUGAAUAUUUUUGACAAAUGUCCGAAAAUAGGAACCGCUGAAGUUAGGAGCAGAGCUUUGGCGAAGCUGCAAGAGGACAUCAAUGCUGAGCUGGAGCGAUACAAGCGGCUGAACAUGGCCAAGAAAGUCACUGGUUGCGCUUCGGCGAUGACCGCUUGUGGAGACAGCGCACUGCUUGGAGUGGGCCUCGGCGCCGCAGCAUCCGGUGCGGUAGCUGCAACGGUGCUUACUCUACAAACAGGGUUGGUUAGCUUAGGCAUUGUGGCAAUACCGAUCUCACUUGCUACACUUUUCUUGAUAUGGAUCUAUGUGUUUACGAAACCUCACAUUGAAGCCUGUCUAGGAAAGGAGCCUCAAUAGGAAAUAGAUAAGGGUAGACUUUUAUGAUUGUGAUUACUUUGAAAUUGAAAUUCAAAAUCCCACUUAUUCACUUUAUUUUUCACAUUGAUAAUCGGUGCUACAGCUUAUUUAUGUGCCUUCGCGAUAAAGAUUCGCUUACCGCAUCAUGAACCCUGCAAUUUGUAAACAUUUUUGCAUUUGGUUUUGCGUUUUGAAGGUUGUGUGAU